CCCCCCUCGGCCGGAUUUCAUCCGCGGGGAGCCGCCCGGCUCCCGCCCCCAACUGGCCCAGCCGCCCGGAGUGUCUGGGAACCUGGAGAAGGAGCCGAGCCGCCGAGAUGGAGGUGGCCAGCACCGGGGCGCUGCUGCUGGUGCUGCUGCUGCUCUUGGUGCUGACGCUGGCGCUGCCCCGGACCCCGGGCCACCUGCCCCCGGGGCCCACGCCGCUGCCGCUGCUGGGGAACCUGCUGCAGCUCCGGCCUGGGGCGCUGUACUUGGGGCUCUUGCGGCUGAGUAAGAAAUAUGGACCAGUGUUCACCGUGUACCUGGGUCCCUGGCGGCGUGUGGUGGUCCUCGUUGGGCACAAGGCUGUCCAGGAGGCCCUGGAAGGUCAGGCUGAGGAGUUCAGUGGGCGCGGGAUGCUGGCGACGCUGGACGGGACUUUCGACGGCCACGGGGUUUUCUUCUCCAAUGGGGAGCGAUGGAGACAGCUGAAAAGAUUCACCAUGCUGGCGCUGCGGGACCUGGGCAUGGGCAAGCCGGAAGGCGAGGAGCUGAUCCAGGCCGAGGCCCGGUGUCUGGUGGAGGCAUUCCAGGGGACAGAAGGACGGCCGUUUGACCCCUCCCUGCUGCUGGCCCAAGCCACCUCCAACAUCAUCUGCUCCCUCACCUUCGGCCUCCGCUUCCCCUAUGAGGACGAGGAGUUCCAGACCGUGGUCAGGGCAGCUGGUGGUGCCAUGCUGGGGGUCAGCUCCCCGUGGGGCCAGACCUACGAGAUGUUCUCCCGGCUCCUGCAGCACCUGCCGGGCCCCCACACACAGCUCCUCAGUCAGUUGAACAUCCUGGCCACCUUCGCCAUCCAGCAGGUGCAGCAGCACAAAGGGAACCUGGACACCUCAGGGCCCGCAGGCGACGUUGUGGAUGCCUUCCUGCUGAAGAUGGCAAAGGAGGAGCAAAACCCUAACACAGAAUGGACUGACAAGAACUUGCUGAUGACAGUCAUUUAUCUGCUGUUCACCGGGACGGUCACGGUCAGCACCACGGUCCGCUACACCCUCUUGCUUCUGUUGAAAUACCCUCAGGUCCAAGAGCGUGUUCGGGAGGAGCUGACCCGGGAGCUGGGGGCCGGCCGGGUGCCAGGCCUGAGGGACCGAGCCCACCUCCCCUACACGGACGCGGUUUUGCACGAGGCGCAGCGGCUGCUGGCUCUGGUGCCCAUGGGGGUGCCCCACGCCCUCACCAGGACCACCUGCUUCCGAGGGUACACCCUUCCCCAGGGCACCGAGGUCUUCCCGCUCCUCGGUUCUGUCCUGCAUGAUCCUGAGGUCUUCGAGAAGCCAGAGGAAUUCAAUCCGGACCGAUUCCUAGAUGCGGACGGACGGUUCCAGAAGCAGGAGGCAUUCUUGCCCUUCUCCUUAGGGAAGCGCGUCUGCCUCGGAGAGGGCCUGGCUCGGGCAGAGCUCUUCCUCCUCCUCACGGCCAUCCUGCAGGCCUUCUCCCUGGGGAGCCCGUGCCCGCCGGGGGCCCCGAGCCUGCAGCCAGCCGUCAGCGGCCUUUUCAACAUCCCCCCGGCCUUCCAGCUACAAGUCCGGCCCCACUGACCUCCACCCACCCUGGGGGCCCGGCUGACGGAGGGAGCCGUGGGCGGUGGUGGCCUCCUCGUGGGGGUGGGCAUGAACGUGUGUCUCCAGAGCCACAGGUCCACACCCCAUGCAGCCACAUCCACACACCAGGAGCUGUUUUCUAGAGUCGGCCGCACGCUCACUCAGCCCACGCAGCUGCUGAGACAUGCAACCGCAUGCUUUAGGCAGCCACGUAAAGGGCCACGAGGCAUUCAGCCAUGCAGAUUCUCUGUGGUCCCAGAUUUAGGUCGUCUGGAAUCACGACCACGUGCCCAGGUAACACACCACGUCGUACACAACACAGCUUGAUGCACAGCCCAUGUGUGGGAGCUUGGCUCCUAUCUUCACAGGCCACGGAGACAGCCACUGCGUUCAGGGCCCACAAGCCCUCUUCGCCCGCCCAACUUACCAGUGCUACCAGUUCUGGGAGCCUGGUGCAGAGGGGAACAUGCCCCUUCCUGGGUCGUGUCCCCACACAGAGAGACCGGCCCUGUCUUCAGCCCCAGCAUGCCCUCUCUCUUGCAGCCACACUACAGUCCAGCCAUAUGACCACUGCCGUCCGCGUGCCCCUCACCACUGAACCAUACAGCCAGCCCACACAUGACACCAGCCCAUUUCCACGUAUCUUGCCACGGAGACACACCAUUCCUAGGGGUCACUGCUGUGGCAUCCUCCAGGCCCUCGGCCCUCAAGGAUUCCCCUUUCCAAGCACCUCGAUCCUCGAAUGCUCCCAAAUAUAAAUAUACCCUCAGUGUGCAAUUGUGCACAGGGACCUGGGACCCAAGUAAACUUGGACACACAGGACCCUCCGAUCAGAGAAGCGCCCCCACCCUCUUGUUUAUGUAACCAUGUUAAAAGCCUCCCCUGCCCGUCCCCCCGCACUUACACUCUGACCCCCCUCCCCUCCCCACCUCCCAGUGGUGAAAGGGAGCCGGUGAAAGGGGCUGCCCAGUCGGGGCCAGAUGCCAACUCCCAGUGUCAGGGAAGAGGCCAGUUCUGACGUCCUUGUGACUUGACGGUCCCCGUUUUGCAAUAAAAGUUGAUGUCUGGCCCAUGUCAGGGCCUGGUGUCCCUG